AUGACUGAAGUCAGCGGAUUCACCAUCGUCCUCAUCAUCGUCGUCAUCCUCACGACGCUCUUCUUCUGCUACGGGCUAAUGAAACUCAUUGCCUACCGCCUGCGCCGGAACCGCGCCCUUCGUGAAGAGGAGAGCCAACCAGUGGCCGAAGCCUAUGCCGUCCCCAUCGAGCCCAUCAGGGUUGUCCUCGCUAGAGAUGAGGAAGCCGCCAUAGGUAGCGAUGGCAGUGAGGUUUCUAAGAUCACACCACCUGCCUACGGUGCCUGGAGGGAGAGCGUGCGAGUCGACCCAGAUCUUCUGUUCUGGCGUCGUAACGAUUCCAUGAACCGCAAUGGUUCCGACAGCGACGACCACGUCAGGCCAGCCUCGAGUGCUAGUCGCCGUCCUCCAUCCUAUAUAUCCGACGAUGGAGUGUCCUAUGUUGUCCACGCGGAGCCUCGCUCAACUGUUAACUAUGCGGCCGAGCUGCCCAUUCACCCAUCCGAGGUCGGCCGAGUCCACCUUGCCCAGGUGUCUUAA